CACGAAGCAGGAAUUUGUUGUUUGUUUCAUAGUUUAUUAAAUAACUUAUUAAAUAAUAGUAAUAAUGAACAGUGAUGUGCAACUGUGAUAAAUAUGUCGGCCAUAUAUGUUGUGGAUAUUGUGCUUUUAGUAAUUUUGUACCUCCUGAUAAUGUUUAUGUGUGGAUACAGUGUCUUCUGCGUCUACCGACUGAUACGGAGUAUGCAGAUGAGAAUUCUUCUAAGACCCACGAGGGUUUUGUUUUCACAUAAAAAGGAAGGUGAAUCUACUGAAGAAUUAAGAACAGUGGUAGCGUACCAGAACCCGUUUACCGGCGACUACUGCGUGCGCAAGAGUCGGCUGGGUCAGCAGGGGUACAUGAACUCUCUGCCGGGAGCCUCCCCGGACAGCGGGCUGUCUGACGAGUACGAGCCGUUGCACUUGGAGCCUGCAGUCCCGGGGCCUAAUGCACCAGGGCCUUAUUUGCCGGGGCCUCACUCGCCGGGGCCCUUAACGCCGGGGCCCUACCUGCCGCCGGAGCCGUACGCGACCGGACCCUACCCGCCGCCCGCAGGGUAUGAGCGUAACAUGUCUCAGAUGGAAACAGUGAAACUACAUCUAAAGCACAAAGUGGUUGACAACACCUUGAAUAAAACUUGGAACUGGAACUACAAGGAAUAUCAAAUAUAAUGAAGAAGUACAACUCCUAGGAGAAGACUCUAUGAAGACUUUCUUGAGGUUAUAUUUCACAACUUGCUGAAAACUGUGUGAUUACUC